GCAGUGCGCUUGCGUGUUACUAACAUCUCUCGGGUUUUUUUUUUUUUCUUUUCUCCUCCUCCUUGCCCUCGCCUCUGCCCUGCCGCAGGCGCAGGGAGCGGGGCGGCGCCCCCCUUCCCUUCUGCAGAGAUAGCAUCGAUCCGCCCGGUCCUCUCCUCAGUAGCAGACCGCCGCCGCGUCGGCGCCGCAGCCUCCCCUCAGACAGGACCAACCCGGCCGCCAACGGCUCCCGGCGUGCACCGCGGCGAGCGCUCUGAGGGAGCGGGCGGGAUGCGCCGACCGGGCGGCGUCUCUUGAGUCUCCGUGCCCCGCGGCAGGGCCGCUGCGCACCCGGCUCCGACCGCCCCUGCCCAUGGGCCGCGGGCCACCGCGAGGAGCAGGCCGAGCGCCGCAGCCGCCUGAGGGAGCGUGGCAGAACCAACUUUCCUUGAUGGUCUGCUGAACACAGUACGGUUGUAAACUGAUGGUGUUCUGUGGUGCGAGUGAAGUAACUGCAGCAAGUGUCUGAGUGGCUCAUCAUUCCAGUCAGUCAAGGUCACCUGGAUGUCAGCAUGGCAGCCACAAACCUGGAGAACCAGCUGCACAGUGCACAGAAGAACCUGCUCUUCCUCCAGCGGGAGCACGCCAGCACACUAAAGGGGCUGCAUGCGGAGAUCCGGCGGCUGCAGCAGCACUGCACAGAUCUAACAUAUGAGCUGACACUCAAAAGUUUUGAACUGACAGGAGAUGGCUCUUCCAGAACAACGGAGCUGAAGAGGCGCUGUGAAGAGCUGGAGGCCCAGCUGAAGGCCAAGGAGGAAGAAAACCGCAAGUUACUGCAAGAACUGGAGCAGAAGAACGCUGCCAUCGCUGUGCUGGAGAACACGGUCCGGGAAAGAGAGAAGAAGUACCUGGAGGAGCUGAAGGUGAAGAGCCACAAGCUGAGCAUGCUGUCUGGUGAGUUAGAGCAGCGCGCCAGCACUGUGGCCUACCUCACCUCGCAGCUGCAUGCAGCCAAGAAAAAGCUACUGAGCUCCAGCGGCACCUCUGACGCCAGCCCAGCCGGCAGCCCUGCACUGGCCAGCUAUAAGCCCACACCCCCUAAGGACAAGCUGCCUGAGACACCCCGUCGCCGCAUGAAGAAGAGCCUGUCGGCCCCACUGCACCCUGAGUUUGAGGAGGUCUACCGGUUUGGAGCCGAGAGCCGCAAACUCCUUCUGCGGGAGCCGGUGGAUGCAAUGCCUGAUCCCACCCCAUUCCUGCUGGCCCGGGAGUCUGCUGAGGUCCAGCUCAAAGAGCGGCCUCUUGUCAUACCUCCCAUCGCCUCAGACCGUGGCGCCAGUGGGCAACAUAGCCCAGCCCGAGACAAGCCACACAAGACCCACAUCGGGGUGGCUCAUCGCAUCCAUCAUGCCAGCCCACCACAGGCCCAGCCUGAAGGGGAGACCAGGGCUGUGGACCAAGUGAACGCAGGGAAGGUGGUGCGAAAGCACUCAGGGACGGACCGAACUGUGUGAAGCCUGCGGUCACCACCGCAGCCAUCCGUGCACUGUGAGCGCCACAGGGAACCUCACCCACACCUUCCUCACCCCACCCAUGCCAAAUGUUUCCUACCGUCGCAGCCUGGCUCGUGGUCUCAUAGUGACACACUGCUAUGAAGGUGUCCCCACUGAAGAUAUUUCCUGGCACUGUGGCCAAUGCCUGCAUGCCAAUAGCUUGCUUCCAGCCCCACGCCAUGAGAUCUCGGCACACUCCUAGAUAAGGGCCAGGCCAUGGCUGCAUCACAUGCCACACUCAGAAUCAGAACCUGCUUGAAGUCGAAGCAAAAUAAGGACCCGCCCCUCCCAAGAUCCAGGGCAGCCUAUGAAAGCAGAGCAGAACUUCUGCUCCCUCCUGGAGACUCCUACCUUCCCACAGUCCCUUUGCUGAGCAGCUGUAUGUCACAUGAUCUAAGCAAGAUGACCUCAUCCCUCCUACCUGAAUGUGGUUUUUUUGUUAAGUUUUUUGUUAGUUUCAUCCAAAUGUUCAGGAUCCAACAAAUGUUACUUUCUAAACCCACCCUCCUUUUCCUCUGUGUCUUUUUGACGCACCGAGGGACUGUGGAGGAAGUGGGGGGGAGGGAGGACUAGCAGGUGGGAGUGGGGGUACUUGCAGCCCCGAGCGCUUGCUGAGAUGCUGGUGCUCCUGCAUUUCUGGCAGAAGCUGCUUUCUGUCCUGCCCAGACUCCACACUGCCUCCCUGUCCCCAGCUUCACAGUAUGAGCGAGGCAGCCAGUAGCCAUUCAUCCCCAAGCCACACAAAGGCCCUGGGAGAGGAGGAGUCUGGAACUGAAUACUUGACCCCAGCAGCCUCCAGACACAUGCUGGAGCAGAGACGGGUAGAACCCCACACCAGUGGCUUAAUAGGAAUGAAGAGAAUGCACUUGCCUUAAAACUUGCACUGGCGUGUUCUGGGUCCAAAGUUCUCAGAAGAUCGAGAAGCAAAAUCAAGGCUAGCUAGGGAGAUGCUGCUGCCCAGAGAUUGCAACAACCACAUGGCGGCUCAUAAAUUGGCUGUAACUCCAGGGACCCCGACACCUCACAUGUGCUGCACGUAUAUUCAGGCAGGCUCACACACAUACACAGAAAUAAAAUCAUAAAAACAAAA